AUGUAUGAUAGGCAGAGAAGUGACUAUAAUAGUCCACGGUUGUUGCACGUUGAGAUUACAUGGGUGGGAAAGAAGGUCCUUCUGCACACUUAUAGGCAAGGAAGAUGUGGCUCUUGCCGGGCAUGUGCCGGUGUUGGUGCAAUAACUGUCGUGGAUGCUAUAAAACGGAAAAGGGCAGUUAUACCAUUAUCCAAACAACAGGUGAUCGACUGCGUUCUUGAAAAAUAUCCAAAUCCCGAGCUUGAGAAAAUGUUGAAGGAAAAUGAAUGCCCACUGGCUAACGCUUUUAUGGUAUACCAAUUUGCUAUGGAUUACGGCAUUGUGGAAGAGUAUAAGUAUCCCUACACAAUGGAAAAGAGGGUGUUUGCAAGUGUGGUGGUGAUAGAGUUAGGUUUAAAAGUUGCACGUGCUGAAAAUUCAGAACUCAUUGCUGAUAAAUACUUUAAGAAGUUCCUUGCCUUUUACGAAAAUUUGUAA